AUGAGACGAGCCGGCGUCGAGCCAAACCACAUCACAUUCGUUACGAUUUUCUCCGGCUGUGCUCAUUUUCCGGCCAAGGGUGUGUUGUUUGGGCCUCCGCUUCACGCUUACGCCUGGAAACUCGGCUUGGAUACAAAUACUGUGAUGGUGGGCACGGCGGUGAUUGAUAUGUAUGCAAAGUGUGGUGGGGUGGAUUUUUCUAGACUGGUCUUUGAUGGGCUGGAUAUGAAGAAUUCAAUGUCUUGGAAUACGAUGAUGGAUGGGUAUAUGAAAAAUGGCAAGGUUGAUAAUGCGGUCGAGCUGUUUGAACAAAUGCCACCCAGAGGUGCGGUUUCUUGGAUGGUUUUGAUUGGUGGGUUUGUCAAGAAAGGCCAGUUCGAGCAAGCAUUGGAGUGGUUUCGUGAGAUGCAGCUCUCGGGUGUGGAACCGGGCUAUGUGACCAUAAUUGCUGUAAUUGCUGCCUGUGCUGAUUUGGGAACGCUUGGAUUAGGCUUGUGGAUAAACCGGUUUCUUGUGAAGCAAUAUUUUAGAGACAACAUUAGGAUAAAGGAACCUCAUGCAGAAGGAAGGGUUCAAGGCAGAGGGGCUCAACUUCACUGGAGCUUUUACGCAUGCAGCCAAGCCGGUUUAGUCAAUGAGGGGCUACAUUACUUUGAUAACAUGAAGAGAAUUCACAGAAUAACCCUGAGAAUUGAGCAUUAUGGGUGCAUAGUUGAUCUGUAUAGCCGUGCAGGGAUGUUGGAAGAUGUCUUAAAUGUAAUAAAAAACAUGCCAAUGAAGCCAAAUGAAGUUGGGGCGGGUUCUUUGCUAGCUGCAUGUAGAACCAAUGGGAAUAUCAGUUUAGCUGAAAGAUUAAUGAAGUACCUCUAUGAGUUGGAUCCUGGUGUUGAUUCCAACUAUGUACUCUUAUCCAAUACAUAUGCAGCGGAUGGAAGGUGGGAUGGUGCAAGCAAGGUUAGUAAGAACAUGAAAGCCCUCGGAAUACAAAAGAUGCCGGGGUUUAGUUCAGUUGACAUAGACUAA